GCUCGGCCGGCCACUGGCUGCGGCGAGGUGGCAGGAGGGAGCAAUCGAGCGCCGGCCCUUGACAACCGGAACUGGAGGCGGUGCCGCUGAGAGGAAGAGAGAGAGAGAGAUCAGGAUCAGGGUUUCCUUCCACCGCCGCCCGCGCUCUCUUCCCAUCGCAGCGGCAAACAUGGCCUCUAUGGCUGGGGGCACGAAGGCACCGGCGGCUGGUGUUGGGGCGGGCCCCGGCCCCGGCACCUCCAUGUUCCGCUGGCUGGAAGUGUUGGAGAAGGAGUUCGACAAGGCCUUCGUGGACGUGGACCUGCUGCUGGGCGAGAUCGACCCCGAUCAGUCCGAGAUCACGUAUGAGGGCCGCCAGAAGAUGACGGCGCUCAGCUCUUGCUUCGCUCAGCUGUGCCACAAGGCGCAGACCGUCUUCCAGAUCAACCACAAAUUGGAGGCUCAGCUUCUGGACCUGAAGUCGGAACUAAUUGACACUCAGGCUGAGAAGGUUGUGUUAGAAAAGGAAGUGCAUGAUCAGCUUCUGCAGCUUCAUGCUGUCCAACUGCAGUUGCAUGCCAAGACUGGGCAAAAUGUUGACUCUGGCUCAAUCAAGGCUAAGCUGGAGAAAGAAUUAGAAGCCAAUAAAAAAGAAAAAGUGAAGGAAGCUAAAUUGGAAGCUGAUGUAAAACUACUGAGAAAAGAGAAUGAAGCCCUGCGACGACAUAUAGCAGUUCUACAAGCUGAAGUAUAUGGUGCGAGGCUAGCAGCUAAGUAUCUGGAUAAAGAGCUAGCAGGCAGGGUUCAACAAAUCCAGCUUUUGGGUCGGGAUAUGAAAGGACCUGCUCAUGAUAAACUCUGGAACCAACUUGAAGCAGAAAUACAUCUUCACAGACAUAAAACUGUUAUUAGGGCAUGUCGAGGACGCAACGACCCUAAACGACCGCUGCCCACACCACCUGGACAUGAUCCAGACAUCAUUCGGAAGACCCAAGGGGUUGGACCAAUUCGGAAGGUACUCUUGGUUAAAGAGGAUCAUGAAGGACUUGGUAUAUCAAUUACAGGUGGCAAGGAGCAUGGAGUCCCAAUUUUAAUAUCAGAAAUCCAUCCAGGCCAGCCUGCUGAACGAUGUGGUGGCCUUCAUGUUGGAGAUGCCAUACUAGCUGUUAAUGGAAUAAAUUUAAGAGAUGCAAAGCACAAAGAAGCUGUUACAAUCCUCUCCCAGCAGAGAGGAGAGAUUGAGUUUGAGGUGGUAUAUGUUGCUCCAGAGAUAGACUCUGAUGAUGAAAAUGUGGAUUAUGGUUCAGAUCUAUAAUAAAUUUUUGGGCAUGGUGAUCGUUUGUAUCUGGAGGAAAGCAGAAAUGCAGCUCUGCCACAGAGGGUGGGGUUGCCAAACCGGCAGCCCUUAGAAGAUCAGAAACCAGUUCUGGAUGCCAUUUUAAACGGAGAUGCAGGAACAAAUAGUGAAACAGCUUCAGAAGAUGCAACACCCAAACAAAAGGAUUGCGCAGAAUCUUCAUCUUAAAUUGGGCUUUUGUUACUUGAACACUGACAUAAUUUUCUGCACUUGACUGGUAAUACGGAAGGAACGUUGUAUGAAUGUGAUCAACUGUAGAAACCUAUACUGAAAAUAAUGUCAAAAAGGAUCACCAUGAUUAUGUUCUGGGCUAAGGGAUUUCAAUGAAACCACAAAAUUACUUUAUUAACAGUUCUGCAUGGAUGGAAAUAUUUUGAUUUUUGCAAUAAUUAACUAUUAGAAGUACAUUUGAAGAUACAAUUUUAAAGUUACACUAAACUUCAACUUUGAAACUCAAAAGAAACUUGCGUAUGCAUAGGUGUUAAUCUAAAUUUAAAAUUGAAGAGCAUAUUUUGGGGUGUGUUAAUACUGCCUGUGGUUGUACUGUCCCUUUGGAGUUUUGUUUUUUUGCACCCAAUAUCUGCACAAGAAACACUUUCAGCCUUACAAUUACACUCACAGUUUUCCCGUGAUUUUUGCUUCUAAAUUAAACCAUUGAGGUUUAGUGAAAAUUAUGGCAUUGUAUUUGUUCAUGCAUAAUUAAUCUGAAAAUAUAAUCCCUUUAGAAGCAUGCAGAACUGUUAAACGGAAUCUCUUAAUGGUACAAUGUAACUGUAACCUGACCCACAGUCAUAUUCAUAAAGAAUGUUGUUGCAUUGCUCUAAUCUAAAUAUAAAUUGAAAUAUUAGUUUAUAUAUAUCAAUAGUGAAAAUGUGAUACCUUGUGUUUCUGUAUUUUAGUAAAAUUUAAUGAGCCAGUGAGUUAUGGAUUACUAGGUUGCAUACUUGCAUCUCAUUUUUGCAGAUUAUUUUUUUUAAAGAACAUUUCCAAACACAGCUGUAAUAAAUAUUUAAAGAUAGCCUGAGUUACAUUGUUGAAGUAAGUGCACAGUUCCUAUGUACAGGUAUAAUCAAUUCAGCUUCGAAAUGCACUAUUUAUAAUUAUUUAGUUAUUCUGCAAAGAUGUUAAAUGUAAUGGCUAGUAAAUUUACGAUGACCAUGGUAUGUGUUACAUAGCUUUGCACCUUUUAAAGAGUACAGUGUGUAUUGAUCUCUGUGCAUAGGUCACUUCCUAAUUCAAAAUUACUAAAAUAUUCAGAAAUCCUAGCCUUCUCAUUUAUGCAGUGCAGCUGCAGUAUCAAAUAGAUAUUCUUAACACAUGACCACCUAUAUCAUACUUCUGUGAACAUGCUUAAGAAUGGGGUUCAGUUAAUGACAAGCAUUUGAUUAUAGAAAAGCUAGUGCGCAAGAUUAGUGCACACUGAAAAUAAUAACAUUUUCUGAGCACAGGAAGAGAAAUACUUGCUACUGUUUUAUUUUCUAUAUUUACUCAUAGAAUUCAUACAGUUUAUAUUAUAAGACAAAUGCUUCACUUUUCAUGGUGUAUGUUUGUUUUAAGGAGUACUAAUGGUUACUUUUCCAUGUUUGUAUAAGUAGCUCUAAGUUGUACAUAUAUACUCAUUAUUGGAAUUUUUCUAUUUAUAAAGUUUCACUGUUGAUGGUGAAUGCUUAUUUUUAUGGUUUCCCAUGCCACUGCCCCCCCCCCCCCCCCCCCCCUCUCUUUCUGCUGUAUCUCCUCUCUUUCUCUUCUCUCACUCACACACAAACACAUUUCAUGCUUCAAAGGUGAUGUAAAUGUGACGUCUGCAAUUGAAUGUAUUGUUUAAUUGUUGCACACAGCCAUUUGGAUUGAGCUGCUGAAGCUUUUGGGAGGACAUUUACUUCAAUAAUAUUUUCAAUUUUUGAUUUUUUUGGUUUUCAUUUUGACUCAUUGCUGCUUCUGAAUCGUAAUAUGAUAUGACUCGAAUGGGAAAGAUUAAUCUCAAAUCACCUGUAGAAACAUGCAUGCACAUAAUUUGUGAGAUAAUAUUUGUUAUACAUUUAUGGGAAUAUAGGUUUUAGUUCUAUGCAAUUGGAAAUCAAUUUCUUGAACUACAAAUUGUUGUACUAAUUUCUAGAAAGCCUUUGAAAAGUUUGCCAUCUAUGUUUGAUCUUACAGUAUUAAUGACUGUUCUCUUUUCCACUUAGAAACUUGUCAUCUCAAAUUAUUUUAUCGAGUUUGCUCAAGCACUCUUUUAACUAUUAGUUUCUGUCCAAAUUUACAUUUUUGUAUAAAACUGAAGUGCCAGCAGUGAAUUUUGUUUACCACUUAUGCCUCACUCCUUUCUUUCAACACUGGGCUCUUGCUGUGUCAAUUGAAUGAUAGAGCAAAGUGAAAUAACUGUCAGUUUAUUUUGUUAUAUUCACUAAUACAAGUGUUUACCUGUUGUUUUACAAUCCAAUAUAUUUAUGCUAUAUUAUCACCGCUUUGCGUUUUUGAAGGUCUGUACAUGGAUAACAAUGCCAUGAUAGUUUAAACAUUUGGUUUUGUACCCUUGCAGAAAGCCUAACAAUGCAAAAGUAAAUGGAAAAGUAAUUUAUCUCAGGAUUGUGAAAAUAGAAAUGGAAUCUCUUACAACUCAUAAAAGGAAACAAGGGACCUGGAAAGAUAAUUUUAAGUUAUCUGGUUGUGAUUAUGGAUUUAUAUAAGGAAUAUUCGAUCAUCUGCAAUUUAAGGCUUACUUUCUUAAAUUGUAAAUUCUCACAUUUAAUCACUCGCAAUAUUUAGGUUUUUCAGGAAUUUCUAUUUCUCAAAACAUGCAAAAGACCUACUUAAAUAUUAUGUAACAUAGGCAUCGGACAUUAUUUUGUCAUUUCCAAGGCUUAUUUGAACAAUGAAAUGAACAUGAAAAUAAAACUAGUUAUAGAUGGAGACCGAAUUCUGUUUACAGUGGUGCAGCCCUAACAGAUUCAUCCUAUAAUCAUAUAUGUUCAUCCAUAUAGGUUCAUCCUAUAAUCAUCGAACACAAAAUUGAUCAAAAGGCUAGUUAAAUUGCAGUACAAUACUGAACCAAAAUGGUUCUAUUUUGCAUGAUUGAAGCAAGAUUAACCACUGCAUGAACAAAUUGAAUUCAAGCACAACCACAACUGGGUUGUUUUAAUAUAAAAUCUGAAAUACAAAGCUAAAACUAUUUUGUAUUAUGCAAAUGAUUAACCGAGUUACAAAGAAAUUGGAUAUAAAGUAAGGCCUUCUUGCUCUGUUGGAAAUAGAAGUGUUUUGCAUGUUUGGUUAAUGGCUCAAAACAACAAUGUUGAUUGAUAUGGUGUACUCGGAAAACUAUUGCAUAGGUGUCUGGAGCAUGGGUUCUUAUUCUGUAAUGCAACCAACCUAUAUGUAUCUGUUUAUACCCUUCUCCUUACUAAUUCAAAUAUCACCAGGGCUUGAAGGACUGAUGGCUUUUGCACAGUGCUGUCUUACUACCAGAAAAACCUAAAACAAUGAGUUCCUCAGUAAAUGUCAAGUUUUUCAUCCUGAAAAUUCAGAAUGAACUAUCUUUCACAAUUACUUUGAAAUAACUUCCCUUUUGAUUUUAAUAGGAUGGCAGGUAAUAACACCUGAAACAUGUUUGUGAUAUCGGAUUUUUUCAAUUGGUUCCCUCCCUCGUCAACAUUUGCAUCUGCAUUUCAUAACCGCCAGCAGAAUGUAAUUCAUUAGCUAUUUUAACAGUAUCUCAUCCUAAAAAACAAUUGUGUUCUUGUUAAAAUCUUUGAUGAAAUGUUCAAAGUAACUUAAUUCUUCUAUUUUUCUCAAAGGUUAUGUAUGCUUAAAUAACUAUUCACAGCCAAAGUCACUUCGAACCACACGUGCAAUUGCUAAUUGAUCAUUUAUCAUAAUUUUACUAUAUUUGUGCUAUCAGUUCAUAUGGUCAAAUGGAGUUCUGGGAUAACUUAAAUUUUCUGCCAGUUUUAUUAUUUCCUAACGGGAGAUGACUAAAUUAUUGAUGUUUAUGAAUAUGUUUAACAUUCUGUAAACUGAGAUGUAAUGUAAAAAACAUAAACAUUAAUACUUUUGAGCAUGGAGGAGAAAUUGCAGAUGGUAACAUUAAUAUAAUAGCAAAUCUGCUUUCAAGAUACUUUUGUAAGAAACAUUUUCCUCUGAUGUGAAACACGAUUUGUUCAUAAAAAUUCACAAAGACAA